AGCAAAAUCACUUCGUGUUUUCUUCGCACCAUAAUCUCUGGAAGCCAAAAUGGGUCUCGCCGCGCCAAAGAACCGAACCAAAAUCUCCAAUGACCCGCAAAACACAACAUGGGCGAACAACACCUCGCGCUUCGGUCAUCGCAUGUUGACUUCGCAGGGAUGGCAACCUGGUAGCUCUCUGGGCGCAAAAGAUGCGUCCCACGCCGCUCAUUACACCACCGCCUCCCAAUCGCACAUCCGUGUCUUUCUCAAAGACGACAACCUAGGUCUAGGCGCAAAGCGAGGCAGUGAGCGGCCGGAAAAUUUUGGUCUUGCAGGGCUAGAGAGUAUUCUGGGGCGAUUGAAUGGCAAUGAGGCCGAAGUCAAGAAGGAAGAGGAGAGGCGCGAGGAGAUUGAGAAGAGGGCAUUCGUGUACCGGAAGUACGGCAUGAUGAACUUUGUCAGUGGCGGCUUCCUGGUCGGCGAUAAGAUUACAAAGAAGUCGGAUAUCAAGAAGGAAAUUGAGGUCAAGACCGAGACGGAAAUCAAAUCUGAGCCGCAAAGCGACAACGAAAUGGCGAGCAGCAAGGACAAGAAGAGAAAGCGCGAGGAGCACACCGAGGACGAGCCGAAGUUGAAGCGCAAGAAGAAGAGCACAGAUCUGCGUGAUGACGGGAAGACAGAGAGCGACUCGUCGAAGUCGAAGAAGCACAAGAAGGAAAAGUCGAAAAAGUCGAAGCGGGCAUCUUCGUCUGAUGUGGAGGCCUCGGCCGACACCGAACUGCUCACAGACAAGGCACGACGGAAAGCAGAGAAGAAGGCACGCAAGGAGGAGAAGAAAGCUAAAAAGGCACUCAAGAAGGCUGCGAAGAAGGCAGCUAAGAAGGGCAGUUCCGACGACUCGAGCUCUGAGAGCGAGACCGAAGCGAGCACGCCAAGUUCUUCCGUGCCUGUGUCGGGCGUGUCCACGCCUGCACCUGCGGGAUUAACAUACAACCCACGAGGUAUGCAUGCUGUGCGACAGAGGUGGAUUCGCCAGAAAAAGGCAGCAACUAUGGAUGCACAGGCGAUGAAAGAGAUUUUCAUGAUCAAAUCACAGUCGUAAGUCAGCGCUUGACUGGGCGCAUGACCGUUAUCAGCAUAGCGAGGCGUUGGUGGGGUUUUGUUGUAGCAUUGGACUGUUGGGCUCGAAUAUGGAAGCCGAAUAGAAGACAACACAUCGCACAUGUCAUUUUUUCCCAAGUUAAACUCAAAUAAACUGCUUUGGCCGGGGAUUGAAUAGGAUAAGGUUUUAUAUCGUGGCCAUGCAUCAUGAAUAUUACUCAUGGUCCGAGAUAUCCGCCAUCCCAAUGGGAUUACUGUGCAGCGGUAGCAGUCAGCCAGCCAGGCUAAGGGCUUUUGUGAUUUUGCCGGUCGCGAUUGUGGUUG